CCCGUCUUCGAAGUUUUUUCCCACGUGGAUGCACCCCAUCUUGGAACGACCUACUGCGCAUGAGCUUCCGACUGGUGGUCUCGCGACCGUGAACACUUUCCGUCCGUUGAACGCCUCUUGCUCUAUCUAAAUGACAUCUAAAUGAAACUGACUUACUUUGAGGAAACAACAAUGUUCUGAGAUGGUAGAGGAAGUGCAAUUGCGUGAAGUGGAGAGGAAUGAGCUGACGGAUAUUCGGGUUUUCCUCGAGCACUACCUACCUGAAACUGUUUCAGCAUACAACACACUUCUAAUGAUGAAAGCUGGACUUCUACCUUUCGCCAAGGUUCUUGUUCCAGUCGAUCCAAAUGAGCUCCGCGUCGUCUUCCUGUGUUACAGCCAACCAGUUCAAGAGGAGACGUAUUUAUUCUGCUGCUUGGAAUCUGACAUGGAGCUCUUGGAAAAGUCUUUAAGAGCAUUGGAUUGGAGCAAAGAAAUUACUUUCUCUGCCGCUCCCCGCGCAUUCUGGAGCAUCAUCGCUAAAGUUGCAGAGGAGAAGAACGCCACCUAUAAGAUGGAUGUUCGAGUGGAACACUUGAGCUUGACCUGGGAUAGAAAUCUGGCUUUGCAAUGGGAAGAGAGGAUCACUGAUGAUUACGACAUCAAGAUUUUGGGCAUCGAGCACGCGGAAGUGGUGAAUGAUUCCUGGAGAUAUAAAGGUCUGCACACCUUGAUGAAAAUCAAGGAAUGGAUCAACCUGGCCCGUGGUUUUGGGAUUUUUGUUCCACAUGUUAUACGAAGCUGA